CUCCCCCAAGGAAAAAGCCUCAGUCAAUGUCGUCUUCCGCUCUAUAUAAGUAGCACCUGCUCUUUAACCUCAUUUCACCACAAAAAAAGAAGCAUUUCUUGAGUUCAGAUUACCACAGCUUCAAUGGCAGAUGAAGUGAUAUUGUUGGACUUCUGGCCGAGUCUGUUCGGGAUGAGGGCCAAGAUUGCCCUGAGAGAGAAGGGCGUUGACUUUGACCCGAGGGUGGAGGAUCCCUGGAACAAGAGCCCCCUGCUCUUAGAGACCAACCCGGUCCACAAGAAAAUCCCCGUCCUCGUCCACAAUGGGAAGCCGGUUUGCGAGUCCCUCAUCAUCGUCCAAUAUAUCGACGAGACCUGGGGUCCUGAGUCUCCUCUCUUGCCUUCCGAUCCUCAUGAGCGCGCUCGCGCCAGGUUCUGGGCCGACUACGUGGAUAAGAUGAUACCAGUGGUACGAGCGGUGUGCGCGUCGGCGGGGGAGGCCCAGGAGGUGGUGACGAAGGAGUACAUUGAGGGCUUGAACGUGUUGCAGGGAGAGCUUGGGAACAAGGCUUACUUUGGAGGCGAUAGGUUUGGGUAUGUGGAUGUGUCGCUAAUACCGUUGUAUAGCUGGUUCUUUGCUUUGGAGACAUCUUCCGGCUUUAGCCACGAGGAAGAGUGCCCCAAGUUGGUGGGAUGGGCCAAGCGUUGCAUGCAGAGGGAGAGCGUGGCCAAGUCCUUGCCCGACCCGCAAAAGGUCUAUGACUUCAUGUUGGAGCUCAAGAAGAAGAUUCAAGCGCAGUAACUACUCUUUGAGUGUUUCAUUAGGGUCGUUUCACGGUUCUUUUGUUCAACAAUCCCUCUCCUUUGGAACGAGGCUUCGCUAUUUCUACUUUCGUGAGUUCCUUUUUUGGACAUGAGUGUUUCUGG